CAUAAACCGCGCUCCCCUUUCGCCGUUUCACAUGCUUCACACACACGCAGACCCCAAAUUAUCCGAUUUUGGUUAACUGAUCGUUGCCGCUUCCAUGGACCAAGCCGUGCUGCAGCUCAUCUCCGAAAUUGGAGCUCGUCUCGGCCAGCGAAGUCGUCCUUCGAAGGAUUUCAUUGUCAAAUCCCUGCGACAAGCUGUAAGUGCAUUGUCUCAGUUAGAACAGUUCUCUCUAAUUGAAUCCGCUAAUGAAGCACAAGCUAAUAAUAAACAGAAAGAAGCUCUCAGAAAGCAGGAAGCUGCCCAAAAUCGAGUAGCUUCCUUAAAGACCCUUGAACACGUGAUCAUUUGCGAUCUGCUUCAACAUGCAGAUAAAGAUGUUAGACUUCUAGUUGCUAUAUGUGUCACUGAAAUUUUUAGGAUCAGGGCACCAGAACCACCUUUUGAGGACAAAGAUUUAAAGGGUGUGUUUAAACUUAUCAUUAGCACUUUUGCGGAUCUAGCUGAUACCUCAAGUCCACUCUUUUCAAAAAGGGUGAAGAUAUUGGAAACUGUGGCUCGGUUAAAAUGCUGUGUGAUCAUGCUGGAUAUUGAUUCUGAAGCUUUGAUUGUCGAGAUGUUCAAAAUUUUUUUCUCUGUUGCAAGAGAUGACCACCAUGCGAGUUUGAGAGAUGCUAUGUCUUCUAUCAUGAUUGAUAUAUUAAACGUAGGAGCUUCUCAGCAACUCUUGGAGGUGAUAUUACAAAAUCUUGUAAAGGGAAGAAAAGAUGCAACCUGUGCUGCUUCUCAACUAGCUGCAUUGGUCAUCAGUUGUGCAGAUGAGAAAGAGCUGAAGCCCCUUGUUUGUUGGUUUUUAACUUCUUGCAUAAAUGACAGAGAUGCUGUAAGCUCUGGGCUGAAAGAAUUUUACCAUGAAAUAAUUUUUAAAAUAUUCCAAUGUGCUCCUGAGAUGCUUCUUGCUGUCAUUCCAAGCUUGAUCAGAGAGUUAUUGGCUGAUCAGGUAGAUGUUCGGAUACAAGCUGUUAAUUUGGUUGGAAAGCUUUUUGCACUUCCAGAACAUCAUGCCGCACAGAAGUAUCAUGAUCUUUUUGUGGAAUUUUUGAAGAGAUUUUCUGAUAAGUCUGUGGAUGUUAGAAUUAGUGCCUUGCAUUGUGCUAAAGCUAUUUAUGUGGCAAAUCCAUCUGGAAGAGAAUUUCAUGAAAUUAUAUCUGCUGUUGAAGAUCGAUUACUAGACUUUGAUGAUAGAGUAAGAAUGCAGGCAAUUCUUGUUGCCUGUGAUCUUUCCAAGUCAAACUUGCAACUUGUACCAUCCAAACUAAUAUCUCAAGUCACCGAAAGAAUUCGGGAUAAAAAGAUAUCUGUCAGAAAGAUGGCCUUGCAAAAGCUUAUGGAAGUAUAUCAAGACUACUGUAGGAAGUGUUGUGAAGGCAGCAUGACAACUAGCGAUCACUUUGAAGAGAUUCCAUGUAAAAUUUUGAUGCUUUACUUUGAUAAAGAUUGUAAGGAGUUCAGUUCACACAGCAUGGAAUUAGUUCUCGCUGAUGAUUUAUUUCCAGAGCAUCUUUCCGUUGAGGAAAGGGCAAAUCACUGGAUACACAUAUUUUCUCUUUUCAGCCCUCUUCAUGAAAAGGCAUUGCAUACUAUUUUAUCUCAAAAGAGAAGGUUGCAAAGUGAGAUUAAAAACUAUUUGGCUUUGCGGAAGCAAUUGAAGGAAAAUUGGUCUGAAGAUUUACAGAAGACUAUUGAAAAUAUAUUCACAAAAAUGGCCUCAUUUUUUCCAGACCCCCCUAAAGCAGAAGAGUGGUUACAUAAAGUGAACCAACUUAAAGAUAAUAAUAUAUUUAACUCGCUCGAACAAAUGUUGGAGGAGCAGACUUUUGCAACCAGAAAAAUUAUCCAGGAUAUGCUUCUGAGAAUGGUUGCGGAGAGCAAUCCAUAUUUUGAGUUUCUACGUUCACUCUUCUCUAAAUGUUCAUACAACAUUUUCAGCUCAGAGCACGUCCAUUAUAUUUUAGAUUAUAUUUCCAAUUCCACAGUUGGAAACAGGCGCUUCGAGGAUUCUUCUGUAAAGCUUCUCCUGGCCAUUGUGAGAACUUUUCCUGCAAUCCUGAAAGACUCCGAAGAGCAGUUCCAAAAGUUGGUGGAACAGAAGAGCGCAGUUAAUGACAAGCUGAUUGAGGUCUUAGCAAAAGCGGGCUCUCACAUUUCGAUCAAACUCAGUGAUAUUUACCCAUUUCUCCAAAAAAUGUGCCUGGAGGGCACUCGCACACAGGCUAAAUUUGCUAUAUUGGCAAUGGCUGCUUUGAGUUCUGAUCAAUCAUUUUUCUCAGAUCUGUAUCAGGAACUUAUUAUUUCUCUUUAUAGCCAGCGCAAUCUUCCAACAGUUUUGCAGUCUUUGGGAUGCAUUGCACAAUACUCUAUUUCAACUUUUGACACUCGAGAUGCGGAAAUUACAAAAUAUAUUUCUCAUAAGAUUAUUCAAGCGGAGCACUUGGAUGACGUUCACAAUGCAACAUCGUCUGAUGGUUCAUUUGGGUGUAGCGAUCCCUCCCAAUUGAAGGUUUAUGGACUAAAAACACUAGUAAAGAGUUAUCUGCCAGAGCAAGGGAACUGUGUAAGACGAGAUUUUAUUGGUUUGUUGGACAUUUUGUUAAGAAUGUUGCAGCACAGUGAUCGUUAUGUCGGUUCGAAUUCUAGUGAAAGUGACGGGGCUUGUAUCAGAUUAGUUGCUGCAAAGUCAAUUCUCCGGCUGUCUAGGAGGUGGGAUCAUCAUAUUUCUCCAGAGAUUUUUCGCUUCACUAUUUUGAAUGCAAAGGACUCGUCAUCUUCUAUUAGGAGAUCAUUUCUAAAUAAAAUACAUAAAAUGUUCAAGGAGCGUAAGCUACCUAUUAGAUAUGCAUGCGCUUUUCCAUUGGCCAUGAUGGAUGGGAUUGAGGAUCUGCAAUGUCAUAGCUCUAAAUUUUUGGCAGAAUUUAUCAAGGAUUACAGCAUAGUAGCUCGAACACGGCAACUUUCAUCUGUGCAAGGGGCAGUUUUUGGUUAUCCAGCAUACGUUGUAGUCUUUCUGAUUCAUGUACUUUCUCGUGAUACUGGCUUUCCAUCUGAAGGCUGUCAAGAUGAACAAUUGUGUGCUGACCUCUGUAGUCCGCUGUAUAUUUUUAUGCAGGCAUUAGUCAAUUCAAGUAUUGUUGAUGGAGACCAGGACCUUGUAAAUGAUGCUGUAUUAUAUCUGUUUAGUAUUUUACGGGCUAUCAGAAAAGCUGAGGAUGCUGUCAAUGUGCAGAUGACUCCUAAGCUGCAUAUGCUGGCUGACAUUGGCAUAUUCAUUUUAAAUGCAUUAAAACACGGUGAAAUUUCUGCAUCACAAGCUCCUGGACAAAUUUUGCUGCCUUCAUCGUUAUAUAAAAUGAGUUUUGCUAAGAACAAUGCUAAUCCCAGAAAGACCUAUUUUGAUGAAAGCUUUCUGAGCUGCGUCUUGCAAAAGCUUAGAUCAUAUGUCCCUCAGGCAUGUGUUCAGAAGCCUCUUAGAACUCUUAAAUAUAGUCGCAAGUGUCAAGAGGAUGUUCCAAAGUGCAAUCUUAACACACACAUUACAUCCAAUUUGGCAUCUAACGAACCAGAUGAUUUGUUAUGGAGGGAAAAGACACAUGUGAGAACCGUAAGAUCUAAUAUCCCUCCAGGGAAAAGGGGGGGAAAUGUUGUGUCUUCCAUUAACCCUGGGCCAGUUGGUUUGCAUGAGUGUUCUACAAUUCAUUGGCAAAAGAAUAUUGCAUCUGAACCUUUUGAAAGAACUCUGGAAGGGAACCGACUUUCAUCUUGUGGUUCUGUGAGUUCUCUGGUUGAAUCACGCGUUUCAACCCGCAAGUCAAAAAGGACCGCAGCUUCUUUCCUAGAGAAUGCUGUGAGAAGUGGAAAAUAUACUGGUCAACCUUCCAAGCGCCCCAGAACCAAUCUCAAUGAUUCUCGUGGCACAAAGAAGGAAGAUGUACUGGCAGACUGUUCAAAUCAAUGUCACUUGUGGCACUGUGACCCCGGCAAACACUCUCGCCGUGUCAGGAUAAAGAAAGCUAACGCCACAACAGGAGGCAGAGUAACCAACGAGGGAACAUCACUUAACCACGAAAAUGCAAAUGAGAAUAGAAGGGGAAAAUCUACAGGGACUUCAGAGUCAGAAGUUGUAAAUACAAAUGAAAAGGCUGUGAGUCCCUCGGUAUCCCGAUCAAGACAAAAAAGAUAGACUACGAUUUUUGAGAAGCUAACUUUGGCGACCUUUUUUACUAUGUUGAUAGUAGUCAUUUCUGUUUUAGGCCUCCUUAAGUUCUGUAAAUUAUAAGGGCCUGCCUUGUUAUAACGAGAGGCUUUAAAUCACUUAGGUUACCUUUUUGUGGCAGGGGCAACGAGAGCUUUAUGGUUUGGUUGCUUUCUAUAUGAAUGCUUCUUGUUACACAUUCUUUGGAAAUGUUCUAUUAAUUUUACGCAUUUUAUAAUAGCCAAUUAUGUAA